AUGGCGAAAACCAAAUCCCUCAAGAACUCCAUUGUAACCCUUAAUCCCCAUAUCUUCCCUCAAUUUCUCUCUCUCUUUUCACCCAAGAAUCACCCGAGAAAUCCCCAAUUAUCUUUCGCCCCUUCAAUGCGAGUAUUAUUCUUCUUCUUCACUUUCUUGUUGGCUACGAUUCUAUGCUGUGUAGCAAUGAAUCCGUUUCUGAAUACACCAUCGUUGUCUAUAUUCUCUCAGUCGGCUUCAUACUCGCCACUAUUUCUGGCGUCAUUGUCCUCCGUGUUUCAAGAUCCAACUGCUGCUGAUAACAACGAUGUUCCUGUAAGUCUCACCACCACUGCAAUGGUGCCGUUACCACCUCGUUCUGUGACAGGAACUGCGUCGGAGUUCUGGCAGCAGCCGGAUGGGGAAGGGUACCGGCCGUGUUUGGAGUUUAGUUUGAAUUAUCGGAGGAGGUCUAGUAAGAUUGCGAAAGAGAAGAUGAAGUUCUUAGUGGUUUUGGUUUCGGGAGGAUUGUUUCAGAUCAGGAAUCAGAUUGUGGAUGCUGUAGUUAUCGCCAGAAUUCUCGAAGCUGCGCUGGUUUUCCCCGUUUUACAGGGAGAUGAGAGUGAAGAAUUUUCAGAAAUUUUCGAUGUAGAGUACUUCAAGAAGACAUUAAAAGCCGACAUUAGAGUAGUAUCAUCUCUUCCCACUACACAUCUGGUUUCAUGGCAAUCAUUAGAGAAUCAAAUUCCACACAACGUUCCCCCCUUUUGGCUUCGCGCAAAAUUCUUAAAGAAGCUUAAUGAAGAAGGGUCUCUAGUAUUAACAGGCCUAGACUCAAAACUUUCCAAGAAUCUUCCACUCGAUCUUCAAAAACUCCGAUGCAAGGUUGCAUUUCACGCAUUGAAAUUUGCAAAACCGAUUCGAGAUCUUGGAAACCGAAUCGCAAGAAGAAUGUGGAUCGAGGGCCCAUAUGUAGCCAUUCCUCUCAUACUAGAAAAAAAUCUCUGGUUAAGAACAAAAGAGUACAAUUCUAUUAUAAACAAAGAACCCGGGUUUCUUAAUGCGUCAGAAGUAGCAAGGCUGCUUAAAGAAUUAGGAGCACCAAAAACUGCUCGAUUGUACAUCGCAAGUGGUGAGCCAUUUGAGGAUGAUGAAGCCAUUCUGCCAUUGAAGGCUGAGUUCCCAAACGUGGUGACAAAAGAGAUGUUGGCUCGAGAUGGUGAACUUGAUCCAUAUAGAAACAAAACCCUAAUUUUGACUGCAAUCGAUUAUAUUGUGUCACUAAGUAGUGAUGUUUUUCUGCCUUCUUUUGAUGGUAAUAUGGUCCGAGCAUUGCAGGGUCAUCGUGCAUAUGUGGGGCAUAGAAAAUUUGUAACAAUGUGGAGGGAUUUCAAGGGGCAACCGGAGACAAGGGGUAGGAGGAGAGAUAUAGAUGUAAUAGCCUAUCCGGUGCCCGAAUCCGUCCUCUCCAUUUCUUCUACCAUUCUCGCCCUUUUUCUUACGAGAGGAUCAUUUAUGUCGUUCUUCAGGACAUACUGGAACAGUCCUGUUGGACCUAAAACUACUCAUUUCUGGGGUCCUAUGGCCAAUUGGGGAUUCGUUGCUGCGGCAUUGGCCGACCUUGAGAAGCCUCCGGAGAUGGUAUCUGGCAACAUGACUUCAGUGAUGUGCGUAUAUUCGGCUUUAUGUAUGAGAUUUGCGUGGAUCGUUCGGCCUCGCAACUAUCUUCUACUUGGAUGCCAUAUCUCAAAUGAAACGGUUCAACUUUUUCAACUUUCACGAUGGGCAAGAGGUCAAGGAUAUUUGCAGCAGAAGGAAGAUAAGACACCAAUCACACCAUCACCUUGACUUCAGAUGGUUUCUUUAAUUUCGACUUUUAGGUGGUUAUUUUUCGGUUUUACUGUAAAUUUAAAGCUUCUAGUUCUAAUGCAUUUUACAGUUUGUUAAAAUAUUUACAGGUUUAUAUCUUGAUUUGUAAUAAUGACGAUU